UCAUCAUGAGUGUACCUUACCCAGAUUCUUCCCAGAAAGUAAGAUCCAUGACCACCAGUUGAGCCCAUUCAUGAGGAAAAAUCCCUUCAUUUGCGAUGCAUGUGGGGGGGGAGGAGAUGACGCUUGCUAUUUUUGUUUAGAGUGCAGCAUCAUGAUUCAUCGGUAUUGUAUUUUCCUGCCAAAACUCAUCAAAUUCAAACUGCACAAUCAUCAUAUACUCGACCACAACUACAGGAAUAAAAGUCAUCUUUAUAUCGAAGUUGAGUCAAAGAAUGAGGAAAGUGAUGAGGCUUCUUCUUCUUCUAGUUGUGCUGUGGUGCUAGGAGACGAGAUAAAGCAUUUCAGCCACGAGCAUGAAUUAGUGCUUGAUAAUGAUGAGAUUAUUACAAAUGGUGAUAAAAAAUGUUGCAAUGGGUGUGCAUUACCGAUCUUGACCGCCGCUUACAGUUGUCCACAACCAGAGUGUAAUUUCUCCCUUCACAAGGCCUGUGCCCAAAUUCGAGUGGACAAACCACAUUGGGCUUUCCAAGAUCCUCUUCGAGUUAGGAUGAGAUUCUAUUUUGGAUGUCAAUUUUGUAAGCAUGACUGUAGCGGUUUUUCUUCCUGGAAAUAUGAUGAUUAUGAUUUUGACGGUCCAAUUUGCCUCAGAUGUAGUGAGAUCCCUUUCAUCACUACCCAUGAAGCACAUGCUCAGCAUUCCCUCUUCUAUGAUCGAGAUCACAAGGGACCAUGUAGUGGCUGCGGUAAAGAAAUGGGUGAUUAUGGUGGUUACAGAUGCACGCUAGCAGAAGAAGAGGAGAAUUGCAAAUUUGCCUUGGACUACAGAUGCAUGACACGGCCCCUUACAGCUGAACAUAGGUUCCACCAUCACCCUCUAAAACUCACUUCUGAAGAUCCUUAUAAGGAUGAUGAUGGUGAUCCAUUUCAACACAUGUGUGAAAUCUAUGAAGAUAGAAGAGAUCCAAAGCUCUGGUUUUAUCGGUGUUAUGAGUGCGAUUUUGAUGCUCAUCCCGAUUGCGUUCUUGGAAAGUACCCAUUCAUCAAGCGCGGUAGCAUUUAUGACAUUAGAUUUGAUUCUCAUCAAUGACCUCUCAUAUAUUGCCAGAGUGAGAAAUAUCCCUAUCCAAAAUGUAAGAGAUGUAGCCUUCCUUGCAAAGAUCAGCUGGCUCUUAAAUGUCCCCACUCUGAAUGCAACUUUGCUCUACAUUUUGAGUGUCGCAAUUUACGUUGUCUAAGUAAACAUCGGUACAGACU